CAGAUCUAGCUGCUGGCGCGUUUCCACCUUGAUUUUUUGUAAAUCAUUUUCUGGUUUGUUUUUUGCACAGGCGACAUUUUCACGACGGAACUACCUCUUGAAGGAAUUUUUUAGAGUUUCCCCGACGUUGUGCCUGUGUAGAAUAGGAAAUAUACGUAAACGAGAAGGAAACAAUACCGACAGGAACCUAGUGUGGAGAUAGUCCUAUUAAGAAAAUAAGCCGGGAUGAAACAACAACAAGCGAAGUCUAUCGGCACAGGCCGCGUGCGGGUAUACGUGUAGCACUAAACGCUACGGCCAAUUCCACCGGAUGACUGCUGUCGCAGCUGCAUAAGGGCCUUCGUUCAUCCAUAAACAAGAAAUCUUGGCAUAAGUGGCCUACUGGCCGUGACCUCGUGACGACGACCUCGGCUUUUGAGAACUUUCCGAGCAUUCAGUUCUUGCAGUUGUACUUCUAGGUAGAGCAAUACCUUCGCUGGCACUGGUGUUGGCCUUGUCAGGAGCUUUUUUUCGCAGGUUGUCAGCAGCCGCAAGAAGCCGAUGGGUGCCGGCGACAGCAAAGACGAACAAGGAAAUAACUUAAAAUCAUUCUCAUCUGGUACUACUACAACUAGUAAUACAACUGGAAGUGCAAAGAGCAAACACAAGAACAGGAACAGCACGAGUACUAAAACCGAGAAAGCCAAAACGCAACAAAAAGAAGAGAACCCCAACAAGAAUAAAUCUGGAUCCAAGAAGUCCUCCAUCUCCCCAUCUGCAUCGUCUGCAGCGGCAAAGAUGAACGAGGGACAGGCAGUGGGAGUCGCAGCCAAAGAUGUUGCCGCUCCAGCUAGUGCUGCCACACCGCCUGCGGAAAAAGAAGAGCGACAGCAAGUAGGAGGCGAGCCAGAGCAAGACUCUAGUAGUACUGCGGGCAGUGCCGCUGCCUCCGCCACGACAAAUGACAUCAGUAACGAAAAGCUUCGCGGGAGCUACCUCACCCGCCUGGGCAUUGGCGCUUCGGCGACGCAGCAGGGGGUGACGCGCACCUCACGCAACAGCCCGGGGCCGAACAAUGGCACGAACGGCAUCAACGAGGCCGACAACAGCCCCCCGAGAAGCGGCGCGGCGGCGGAAGGGGGGAGAAAAGCAACGCAGCAAACCGUUGUGGAUUCGGUGGAGAAGAAACACGCAAAGAGCCCAGAAACGACGAGCGGAAACGGGGCGGGAGAUAAUCUAUUCAAACCGGCGGCAAGGUAGAGCUGGAUAAUAGAUUUUUUCGAGGUUGUCGCUUUUUGCUCGCAGUACGUAGAUCAUAUGAAAAAGACAGUGCUGCUGAAUGAUUGAAACUGAAUUUUGGUAUAUGCGAAGAUAAGUUAGUAAAUUGCAGACCGGAUUUGCAACAUUAUCCACUGUAAACGAUCGACAGAACUGGCAACUCCCCCGGCGCCGGUCUGUUCGACAGUAUAAACGACGUCGACGCGGAAAAGGAAAAAGAGGAGGCAAAGCCCGCGGCCCCAACGAAGGACUGGCAGAUGACGAUCAUCGGGGAAAACGACACUGCCCGGCUGAUUCCGAACGAAAGGCCCGACGCGUUCCGCCACAAGUUUCUGCAAAGAUUGUCCUACGAAAGAAUCUGGGUGCCGCAGAGGGAAAGGGCGCCCAAGCAUCAGACAGGUAAUGUGCUUUGUCUGAAAAGUGUGUCUUGUUGUAUAUGGUACGUAUAGAUACAUAGGCUCCUUGUACUUCUACAUGCAGGUAGAAGUGGUUCUUGAAAUGAGCCUGAUCAUCGCAACAUGAAACUCCAACCACAGUGAUCAUCUUCGACUGGGACGACACCCUCCUCUGCACGAGCUACCUCAACCUGCGUCUCCCCACCCCGGAAAUCCCGGCGCACAUCCAGAAGCAGCUGGUCUUACUCGAACGCGUAGGCUGUCAGCUGUUGGAGUUGGCCAUGAAACUGGGCACGGUUUUCAUCAUCACCAACGCCAUGAAGGGCUGGGUCGAGUACUCGGCAAGCAAAUACAUUCCGAGACUAAUGUCGACGCUGCAAAAGUACAUCUUGAACAGUUCUUGUGUUUUCAUCGCGACAUAAAUUAGAUACAGGCGACAGAUAUGCACAAAUGAGUUCAUGCUUGCAUAAGGUGAAUCUGCCACAUUCUGCAUGACAGAGCGUUUUUGUCGUCCUUGGGCUGCGUAGCAAAUGUCCCAAAACCCAUGACAAAACAGAAUGACCAUCAUUUCCGCCCGCGGCAACUACGAGCAUGCGUUUCCGGGAAAUUACGGGCAGUGGAAGAUCGAGGCGUUUUUGCAGGUGCAGAGAGAGCUGAACUCCUCCAUCAUCACAAAUCUCGUGUCGCUCGGCGACAGCAACAUGGAGAUGGAGGCGGUGCACGUGAUGGGCAAGCAGUUCGACCAGGCACUGAUCAAGACGAUCAAGUUCCGCGAGUCCCCGACCCCGGAGGAGCUUGUGAAGCAGUUGGAGCUGGUCGCGCAGAAGUUCGAGAAGAUCAUUCUAAACGCGAGAAAUUUGAAGAUCGGCUUGGAAAGAAAGUGGUCCGGGAACCAGCAGGGUGGUGGAGGUGGUUCAUCUCAGGGACACCACCAGCAGCAACAGCAGAAGAGCGGUUCGAGUAAGCCGUCAACGCCGGUUGCGGCGGCCAACGCUGGCGGAGCGUCCAUUGCGCCAGCAGCAGCAGGAACAGGACCGCAGGCGACAACGUCCUCGGGCAGCACGCCGAACACGUCGUCUUCGACACCAGUGAAUGAAAACUCCGCGACUGGAGCGACGUCACUCCACGCACAGAUGCUGCGAGACCAGCAGAACAAAUCUUCAGCCCAAGGUGGAGCACCAGGAGCUGUUCCAGCAGGACCACCACCUUCAUCACAACCCCAGAGCAGCGCCUCCACCACCGAAAACAGUGCUGAUAAGACCCCGACGGGGGGUACCAGUCCGAAGGAUAACUCCUUCGAGCAGGCCUCUGACGGCUCGUCGGUCUGCGACCAGCCGCCGAACGUAGCGGAUGUCGCAGACGUGGACGGGAUGACGUCGCCGCGGCGUGCUGUCAUCACCGCGGAAGAAAAGAACGAGGCAUUGCGUCGCGCGGGCUUCCAUCCGAACGAAAAGUUCCAUGACGUUUCUGUGGCGGACGGUUCCUCAACUGCAGGUGCUGAGAAGACUGUGGCAGGCGGUGUUGAUGAAAGUAGUGCGAAGAAUUAACCAGAGUGAGAAGUGGCGAUGCGAACAUGCUGGAAACCACCAUUUUCUGACGUAGGCGCGCGAGACUUCCAACCGAACCGAGCUCCGCGUUUACAGUUUUUCACUUGUCCGCGUCAAUUUCCGUGCCUCUACAAUUUCCGCCGCGAUUGAAUUUGGCCUUCGCGGCCUUCUUACACACAGCACAGGUCGACGUCGUAGAGGUACCCACCGACACUCUGGCGCUCCCCCGCCAUCUCAGAGUGUGAGCCCCCGAGGUCGGAUGGUCGUCGUCUUUAUUUCGUUUUCUGCUGCCUUUUCGUCAAGAGCACCAGGUUCCUCCGGGUUCGGCCAUUUCCAACAUCAACAAGUUUUUAGGCAAUGCGAUAAAUAGCAGAAGGAUGCCGAUCCCGAUGCCGGUGAAAGAAUGUAUGGAGUUGCAACAUCCCCACCAGUGCACCACCAGCAGAACAAGAAGGACACUUGCCUGAGCAUAAUUAAACUUUUGAAUAGAAGCGACCUCCCUCCCAACACGCUCGUCGAUCUAAGAGGACGUGGCUAGAACGACAAGAGAAAUUACCCGUCACAGUUUUUUCCUGAAAACGACAAAUCAGAA